AUGGCGUCCCUUAGAGUUUUAGUCGGCUGUAAACGUGUCAUAGAUUACGCCGUAAAGGUUUGUAAAAUUUACUUGAAACUGCAAUAAAGUAUUAAAAGUAAAAUUUUUCAGUCUAAAAUUUUCUUUAUCUCCUGUAGAUACGGGUAAAACCCGAUAAAACCGGCGUAGUAACUGAUGGGGUCAAACACAGUAUGAACCCUUUCGAUGAGAUCGCAGUUGAAGAGGUGAGAAACCUUUUUAUAAAUAUAUAUUAUCAUUUAAUAUUUUAUUCCCUCCCACUAUCGGCAUUUCGAGAUGCAAUUGUCGCGAAUUUUCCCUCAAUUUUCUGAAGAUGUUUGGAUAUUUUUUUCUUAGGCGAAGAAUAUAAUUAUUUGUAAUGACCUUUACUCUUUACGUGGUAUCUUAAAGAUAACUCACUCUGUGAAUCAAUAAUCGACAUUUGUAAUAAUUUUUAUUAAUGUUAGUAAGAGGUGACAGUAAGCUUGAUUAAGUUCUUUUCUCCACACCAAAAAGAAGAGAUAAACAGGAAAAAAACGAAACAUUCGUUCACUUUGUUUGUGGUACAAGUUGCUGUUGGCUUGUUUGCUUAAAGGAUCUUGCCUUUGUUAUUUGACUUGACCCUUGGUCAUUUUACUCAAGAUCUGAUUGUUAAUACUCCCCUUUAGUUGCGACACAUUUCCUUGUAAAUAAGUUAUGAGAAUUUGAUGUUAGAUGAAGAUAACAACCUCUGCCUGAUAAGUUCAAGUAUACUCGUUGCCUUCUGUUGGAUAAUGUAUAGAUAUUAUAGGUAGAAGUUACAUGUUAAUCUCCUCUGGGAUUUAAGGGUUAAAACCCCCCCUCAUUGGAGGGAAAUUCAGAAUUUAAAGAGACAAUUUUCUGAAGUGUAUCAUGAAAAAAACUAUUGACAAUAUAUUGUUUGAAAGUAUUCCAUAGAUGAUGAUUACCAUGAUAUCAUGGGAAAAUGAGCACUCUCUCUUAUUUGUGUUGUUCAGAAGGAAAGUUAACUUUUUCCAUUUUGUCAAUUUUUAGGCUGUAAAACUGAAAGAGAAAGGUAUAGCUUCUGAAAUUGUUGCUGUGAGCUGUGGACCAGCUAAAAGUGAGGUAAUAAUUCAGUUAUUGUGCAGAAUGGUACUUUUUGAAAUAUAUAAUCUUUAAGCUGAUUGCAUUUUAUUUUGCACAUUAACUCUUAACUGUUACAAACUAACAUGUGCAAUUUCACUUAACUCCAAAGGAAACUCUUCGCACAGCCCUUGCCAUGGGAGCUGAUCGUGGUAUCCAUGUUUUGUUAAAUGACAAAGAAUAUGAAGGCCUACAGCCUCUUGCAGUAGCCAAAAUUUUUGCAAAGAUCACAGAACAAGAGAACCCAAAUCUGAUCAUCUUGGGAAAGCAGGUAUUAGGUGCUUAUUGUUUAAUUUUAGGCUAUUAAAAAGAAAGGACAAGCUCACUUGAUGGAAAGUACAGUUGGGUCAGUUCAUAGUGGAGGUGAAGUGUUUAUUGCUGUUUGCUUGAUAUUUGAUGAAGUUAGUAAGGAAAUACUACACCAUGAAAAAAUGUUUAAUUGUUUUUAUACUUUUCCCAACUUUGUGCUAUAGGCAAUAGAUGAUGAUUGUAAUCAGACUGGACAAAUGUUGUCUGCAUUGCUUUCAUGGCCUCAGGUAAUAAAUGAUUUAAAACUUAACACUGGAUAAAUGCUACCAUCCUCCAAGUCAGAAUUAUUUCAUCAUGGGUUUUAGUUGCACAUUUUAAAAUGUUUAGAUGCUUUUGUCAGUCUUCCACUUGCAUCUAUUCAAGGGACCAGGUUUCGCUGACAACAGGAAGCAUAUUCUCAAUAUUUUUCUCUACACAUUUUUUCAUUGUCCAACAAAGAGAUAUUGUUUAAUUAUUGAGAGCAUUUUUGGUUGAGGAUCAUUUAAUUUACUCUCAUUACCCUAAUGUUUGAUUCAGCAGUGAUAUUGUUAGGAGAUAUUAUAUGUUAGUCACACAUAGGGUUUAAAAGUUACGUCCUCGUUGAAGGUCUGCUUAUGAUACUUUGAUGGUCAUUGCAGGCAACAUUUGCUUCCAAACUAGAAAUGAAAGAUGACAAGUUAGCAGUGACACGUGAAAUUGAUGGUGGCUUAGAGAUGAUUGAUGUGAAGAUGCCAUGUGUGGUCACAGCAGAUUUAAGGUAGUUAUUGGCUCAUAAGUUCCAUGAUAAAACAAAAAUGUCUUUGGUGAUGAGUGAAAACUUGACCCUCAUGACUGAACUGCAGGGAAAGUGUUAUUGCAGAACUAUGUAAAGUCUUAAUAAGAAUUUGGGGUUAUAAAAUCUCUCAGACACUAGUUGGACCUAUUAAGCAACUAGGUGACAAAGCCACAAGUUAGGCUGUUGUCAGUGCAUGUUUGUUCCCCAGAAAUUUCAGGAAGGUGAGAAAACUGAUCAACUUUGGAAUGUUAGCGCAGAUUAUGGUCACUGUUGCUUAUACUAUUUAGGUCUGGUGGCAGUGGCCAGUGUCCACAAUGCCUUUUGAUAUGCAUGUAAUUGUUACCUGCUUUACCUCUUCAGG